ACUGGGAUGUGGCCGCCCGUCUGGCUUCCUGUGCUUAUGCAGCUGGUACUGCUGCAGUUCCUGGUGGCCCAACCCAUGAAGCCCAUCAGGGUCUUUGUGGUUCCCCACAGUCACAUGGAUGUGGUCUGGAUCCACACUGUACAGGAAAGCCCGUGGGCCUAUGUGGCCAAUGUCUACACCUCUGUGGUGCAGGAGCUCAUGCUCCAGAAGCAUCGCCGCUUCAUUGCUGUGGAGCAGGAAUACUUCCGGCUGUGGUGGGACGGCAUCGCCUCAGACAGGCAGAAACGCCAGCUGCCUCCCUUCUCACGGAUGGGCUCCACUAACCCUUCACUCUCCUGCAGGGAAGGCUUUCACUGGGAUGGCUCGACUCUCUCCCCAGAGCCUCCCCCAAAUAGGAAAUUCCCAGAUAUGAUUGAGCCUGUCGAUGAGAACAACAUUAGAUACUAUGUCAAUCUCCUUGUGGACCUUGUAAAGGAGCGGGCCGCCUGGUUCCGGACAUCACAUCUCCUCUGGCCCUGGGGGUGUGACAAGCAAUUCUUCAACGCCUCACUGCAGUUUGCCAACAUGGACAUUCUGAUGGACUACACCAACUCUUACAAAUCCAGGCUCGGCGUCUCUGUGGAGUACGCCACUCUGGCCAAAUACUUUGGUGCAUUGCAAGCUACCAAUAUCACCUGGCACGUCCGUGAGCACCAAGACUUCCUGCCCUAUUCCUCAGGUCCACAUCAGGCUUGGACCGGCUUCUAUUCAUCUUGCAACCAGCUCAAGGGGCUGGCCAGGCGAGCCAGCGCUCUGUUGUAUGCUGGGGAGUCCAUGUUCACACGCUCUGUGUGGCCAGUUCCCCACCAGCACCUGGACCUGGACUGGGCCCUGAAGCAGCUCCAGCAGCUCCGCUGGGCUGUCUCUGAGGUACAGCACCAUGAUGCCAUCACUGGGACUGAGACCCCCAAGGUGAGAGACAUGUACAUGAAGAAUCUGAGGUCAGGGAUGCAGGGUGUGCACGAACUGAUGGCCUCCAUUGUCCAGGACAGGACCCCAGCGUACUCAGACCCAGAAGCUGGGGGACACAUUGCCGUGGUCUACAACCCCCUGGCUUGGACGGUCACCACCCUUGUUACCCUGACUGUGGGCUUCUCCAGGGUCAACGUCACAGAUGAGUUCGGCCAGCCAGUGCCUGCACAGGUCCAGGAAUCGAAGGAGAAGGAAACUGCUUAUGACUUGCAUGUGCUGACCACAAUCCCGGGCCUCAGUUACCGACACUAUAGUAUCAGGCACGCCCAGGGGACCCAGGGUGCCACACCUGUCAAAACAUCCAAAUUUGUCCGCAGGACAAAGACACAUGCUGGUUCAGGGGGCAGACACCUAAUUCGUGUGGAGAAUGACUGUUACACUGUGUUCCUGGACGCUGACACUAACCUCAUGCAUAGCAUUUUGGAGAGAGAGAGUAACAGCACAGUGCGGGUGACUCAGGAGUUCAUGGAGUACCAUGUCAACAAUCUUGAGUUUGAGGAACUCAGUUCUAAUUACUACCUAUUUUCACCCAACGGGACCGCUGAGCCAGCAUGGGAGGGUGUGGAGUUGGAGAUUGUGGCGGGAAAGCUCAUGACCGAGAUCCGGCAGUUCUUCUACAGGAAGGAGAGAGACUGGAAUCACACAUAUGCCAUCUACUCCCGGCUCGUCCACGUGCCGGUCAGCCAUGGUGGGGAGCUGCUCUGCCGUCGCAUCGAGCAGGAGUACCGGGUGGGCCUCUUGGAGCUGAACUGUGAGGCCAUCCUGAGGACCAGCACCAGUCUCCAUAACUGGAAAAUCCUCUACUCAGACAGCAACGGUUUCCAGAUGCAGCGGAGAGUCUUCCGGGAACACACGACCAACAGCAUCGCUCGGAAUUAUUACCCCAUGGUUCAGUCCGCCUUCAUCGAGGACAGCCAAAGCAGGCUGGUGCUGAUGUCUGAGCAGGCACAUGGCGUCUCCAGCCAAGGAAAUGGCCAGGUAGAGGUCAUGCUCCAUCGCCAGCUGUGGAACAACUUUGACUGGGCUCUGGAUUAUGACCUCACAUUGGACGACACCUCUGUUGUCCACCCCGUGCUCUGGCUCCUGCUCGGACCCCGGCCACUCACCGCGGGCCUGCACCAGAGGAGUGGGCUGGCACUGCAGCACAGACCAGUAGUGCUGUUAAGAGAGCUGAAUGAGACUGCCCAGAAUCUCCCAGGGCCCCAGCAGCAAAAGCCCGUGACCCUGCCCCCAAGUCUUCACCUUCAGAUCCUCAGCAUCCCAGGCUGGAACUACAGCUCCAACCACAGAGAGCACCUACAGAAUCUCCAGAAAGGCCAUGGAAGGAAGGCCAAGGCAGACCUCCACCGUGUCCUGCUGCGGCUCCAUCACCUGUAUGAGGUGGGGGAGGACCCAGUCCUGUCUCAGCCCGUGAGUGUGAACCUGGAGGUCGUGCUGCAGGGGCUGGGACCGGUGGUGGAGGUGGAGGAGCGCUCCCUCACAGGAACCUGGGAUGUGAGCACGCUGCACCGCUGGAGCUGGAGGACACAGGAUGGUCCCCACAGCAGAGGCAGCUCCAGCUCUCACUCGACAUCCCUGCAAGGCACGAAGGUCACCAUUUACCCGAAGGAAAUCCGGACAUUCUUCAUCCACUUUCGUAGCAGUGAGCCCAUGGCAGACUCUGUGAACUCAGGGCAACCCCAGGAGCCCCAGGAAGAGGAACAGGACCCAGGACAUGGAAAAGCAGCAUGGGAGGAUGAGUGA